AUGAAGGUUCUCGCGAUUCUGCUACUCGCGUCGCUGGCUGCCUGCAAGCCAACCCUCUACAUGAUCCGUCAUGGCGAGAAGCCUGACGAUGGUAGUGUCGGAUUGAGCCCAGAAGGCGAGCAGCGCGCACAAUGCCUGCGGACCGUCUUUGGAAGCUCGUCGCAGUAUAACAUCGGAUAUGUCAUCGCCCAAGAAUACAAGGAGAGCGGCAAGCGAAAGAGACCCUACGACACUGUCGCCCCGGUGGCCAGCGAUCUUGGCCUCGAGGUAGACACGUCUUGCGACCGUGAUGAUAGCAAAUGCGUCAAGAAACUGAUCAAGAACUACGACGGAGCUGGAAACAUUCUUCUCUGCUGGCAGCAUGGUCAGAUGAAUAACAUUCUUGAGGCGCUUGGUGCCGAGGAUAUUGAAAACUACCCCGAAGAUCGCUACGAUGUGAUUUGGACGGUGCCUUCGCCCUACGACGACAUUACCGCUGAGAACUCUGAGAACUGCCCAGGUCUUGAUUCAUAG